GCCCCCCCGGCCCCGCGGCUCGGCGGCGGCGGGUGAUAAGGCCUCGGCGGCGGCGAUGGGGUGCCUGCAGAGCGUGGCCUGCAAGGCACGGGUGCGGCGGGAGCAGAUCGUGGUCUCGGACGUGUCGGCCACCAUCGAGCCGGCGGCCACCGCCAUCGAGGAGAGCUCGCCGGUGGUGCUGCGGUACCGCACGCCCUACUUCCGCGCCUCGGCUCGCGUCCUCAUGCCGCCCAUCGCCCGGCGGCACACCUGGGUGGUGGGCUGGAUCCAGGCCUGCAACCACAUGGAGUUCUACAACACCUACAGCGACCUCGGCGUGUCAAGCUGGGAGCUGCCCGACCUGCGUGAAGGCAGAGUGAAAGCCAUCAGUGACUCGGACGGCGUGAGCUACCCCUGGUACGGGAACACCACCGAGACCGUCACGCUGGUGGGGCCCACGAACAAGAUCUCCAGGCUCUCGGUGAGCAUGAACGACAACUUCUACCCCAGCGUGACGUGGGCCGUGCCCGUCAGCAACAGCAACGUGCCGCUGCUGACCAGGAUCAAGAGGGACCAGAGCUUCACCACCUGGCUGGUGGCCAUGAACACCACCACCAAGGAGAAGAUCAUCCUGCAGACCAUCAAGUGGAGGAUGCGAGUGGACAUUGAGGUGGAUCCCAUGCAGCUGCUGGGGCAGCGGGCGCGGCUGGUGGGCAGGACUCAGCAGGAGCAGCCCCGGAUCCUCAGCAGGAUGGAGCCCAUCCCCCCCAACGCCCUCGUGAAGCCCAACGCCAACGACGCCCAGGUGCUCAUGUGGAGGCCCAAGCGAGGACAGCCUAUAGUGGUCAUACCUCCCAAGUAGGGCGGUGCUGGGGCCAGUGCCUGAGGACCUGGCUGCCGUCAGCCUGCUGCACAGGAAUGGGGCUUGGAGCCACGGCAGACCUCUGGGGCUCUCCUGCUGCGUAGC